AUGUUGCGCUCAGUCGCUUUAGUGGUCAUCAUCGGAACACUUGUUGGGUUAUCUGAGAGCAAAAUCCACCCUCGCUCAGCCUACAGAGAAGUAGCCAAAAAGCUCGAAAUUCACAGACGCCAAACACCCGAGCAAGAUGCCUGCGUGGACGCCAAACUCGAAGAGAAGCUAAACAAAAACUCUACUUGCAUCCAACGCGUAGCCGACUUAGAGUCCGUGGUCGAUGCCAUACUUGAAGACACGGAGGACGAUCAGUCGGCCGUGAAUCUCGCCUUUCAAAUCUUAUGCUUGCCCGAGUGCGGACCCAUAUUUCUGGAGGCGGAAGACGAAUGCGGAUUGUACGACGAUUCGCCGGGAUCGCGCAACUUUUUUGUCGGGCUCUGCGGCAACAACGAAGGAACUUCGUGUUAUGAAUACUUUUAUAGAGCUCUUCGGUUCUCAGCGGACGUAUCCGUCUCAUGCUACAUUAACGUCAGCCUCGGAUCUUCGUGCACAUGUAAAUCCGAGCUUGCAUCGGAAGUGGAGGUGCAGGGCUGCUGCAUCAAUGUCUACCAAGAUUUUUUUCAAGCUGUUGUAGAAGAGGGAUCUGGUGAUACCAAGUAUGAGCCAAACAUAUUGUACGGAUCCUGUGACGUCCGCCAGCCAAAUGACUGCAAUAAUAGUCCCUUGCAAAGUAGCUCAGUUCGUCUCGAAUACACCAUUCUUGCCGUAGCAGCAGCUUUUCUGCUAGCUCUCUUUGGCUGA